GCACGUGCUGGAUGUGAUUGAAGCGGUUCCAUGGAAUGUGAGCAGCACCUGGAAUGAUAAUGGCCGCCAAUCCCUCAGGGAAUGACGUUCAGAAGCGGAGCUCCUGUGGAGCUGCUGAGAACAGAGACUCUAUCAAAGUGAGGAUAAUCCAGGUUCCAGCCAACAGCGCGCCCAUAGCAGCGGUGACUUCCCAGCAUGCAUCUUCCUCCAAGAGCGACUCUGUGACUCACCACAGCACUCAGGGGCCUCAGCCUACUUCGUCUACAAUCGCAGUGUCAGGACUUCACCUUUCCCCUUCACUCGUGGUGGUUGGCAAGGCGUCAACGCCAGUAGGAGUGAAUCUGGUUAGCCAGAACGUAGCGGCCCCAGGAAUGGCCCCUGGGUUGGCCCCUGGCAAGAAUGUGGUUAUAACCGUGCCCCGAUCAGCAGUUUCACAGCCAGUCACCUCAACGCCGCCACAGAGUGCCUCUCCACAGUUUCCUGCCAAUAUCCAGAUUCCAGCAGGUAUGGUGCUGAUCCGCAGUGACAGUGGUCAGCUGAUGAUGGUAUCUCAGCAGGUUUUGUCUCAGGCUCAGCAGGGACAGAGGAGUUUUAGUGGCCAACCCCCCCGAAUACUGACCCAGCAGGUAUCUACACCUUUAGGAGGUAAAAGUAAUGAUGGGAAGGUCAGAGUGAUCAGGACGGCAGCCCCUCCCAGCUUCCAGACUGCAUUGGCCCAGAAGAACGCCGUGGUUGUUGGUGUUGCUCCCAGAUUAGCGGCGGUCCCCGGCACCGGUUCUGGCCCUGAACAGGGGAAGCGUCCUCACACUGAGGCUGACCGCCGAGCAGACACUAAAGUGGAGCCAGUGAUGACCGUCAGUCAGGAGACUCUGGAAAGUGUGAAGAAGUGUAAGAACUUCCUGAUAACUCUGAUCAAGCUGGCAUCCGGUGAUAACAGGUCUUCCAACAUGGCCGACAACGUCAGACGACUGGUCCGGAAUCUGCUGGAAGGGAAGCUGGAAGCCGAGGAGUUUACCGAGCAGCUCUAUAAGGAGCUGAAGUCCACUCCUCAGCCCUGUUUGGUUCCUUUCCUAAAGAAAAGCCUUCCUGCUGUCCGCUGGCUCACUGCAGAUCCUCAGCUCUUCAUUCAGAAAGCUUCCUCACAUCCUCCGGGACCUCCUCCCAUCAAGCAGCCCGCGCCUCCUUCAGGCAUGACCACCAGCCAGCAGGUGAGGGGCGUGGCUUCCAGACCUGCAUCGAUGACAUCACCUCAGCCCAAAACUGACUUGCUGACAAAAAGUGGGAGCAACCAAAAACUCUUGCUGGUCCAGUUAGGAAAACCAGUUCCAGGGACGUCUGCAGGGAAGCAGUCUGCCGAUCGAAACACACUUCUCUCCGGCAGAAGUUCAUUUAAGGAGAGUUCAGGAUCGUUCAGGGAAGAUGAUGACAUCAAUGAUGUGGCCUUUAUGGCGGGAGUGAACCUGGGAGAGGAAAAUGCUCGGAUCUUGACGAGCGCCGUAGGCUCUGUGGUUCAGUCCUGCCAGGAUCAGCUCUUCCUUUCUCCUCACGCUUUGCUCAGCAGAAUCCUUCACAAAGGACAGCUGCUGGGAGUAAUGGAGGUGGGUCCAGAGGUGGUAGCUGUGGUUUCUCAUGCUACCCAGGAGCGCCUCCGUACACUGAUAGAGAAGCUCAGCGUGAUGGCAGAACAUCGCACUGUUUCCCUGACGGAGGAUCCCUGGCACUGCAAGGUGAAUGAGGUUCGCACUCAGCUACGCUUCCUGGAAGAGACGGAGAUGUUAAAGAAGAAAAGGAGAGAUGCUGUGGAGAGAGAGAAGCUCCUGCGUCUGGCAAAGAGCCGCUCCCAGACUGAGGAUCCUGGACUGCAGCAGCUGAAGCAGAGAGCCAGAGAGAUGAAGCAGCUGGAGGAAGCUCAGCAGCAGCACCGAGAUGCUAACCUCACCGCUCUGGCUGCCAUCGGGCCCCGCAGGAGGAGAGCAGCAGAUCAGCCCAGCGGUCAGGUGUCACUGCUGCCCAGAGGGGGGGUUCAGAGGGGGCCUCGUGUGAUGCUGAAGGACCUGCUGAUGUGCAUGGAGCAGGAUCCCUCCCUACGCCACACCCUGAGGCUCUACAGGGCCAUGCUUUGACUCCAGAGGGAUGAUGGCUGGUCUACGUUGGAUGGUCUUUGUUCUGCGUCUGACUCUUUUUGUUUUAGGCUCAACGUCUCUGAGCCAAACGGCUCAUUUUCUGCCUCCAGUUUUCAGUUUAGUUAGAGAGAAAAGGCAUGUUUAUGUUCUGUGAUGAUAAUAAAUUGU